CCCAAGUACCAUCCCACCCCAUUACGGACCCUACAAUACAUCUCUCUCUUCCUUUCUAUAUUCUCUCACGUCUCCAAAUUAAGCUUAAUUAGCUCAACAAGCUAGAGUUCACUUAAUCUUCAGCUUAAACAUUUCCAAACACAGCAAGCUAGCUAUAUGGGGAGAACACCUUGUUGUGAAAAGAAUGGCCUCAAGAAAGGGCCAUGGACUUCCGAGGAGAACCAGAAACUCAUUGAUUACAUUCAGAAACAUGGAUAUGGCAACUGGAGAACACUCCCAAAGAAUGCUGGGCUGCAAAGAUGUGGAAAGAGUUGCCGUCUCCGGUGGACAAACUAUCUCCGGCCAGAUAUAAAGCGAGGUCGGUUCACAUUUGAAGAGGAGGAGACAAUAAUUCAGCUUCAUAGCAUUCUUGGCAACAAGUGGUCUGCAAUUGCAUCUCGGUUACCAGGAAGAACAGACAAUGAAAUCAAGAACUAUUGGAACACUCACAUUAGAAAGAGGCUUCUGAAGAUGGGUAUUGAUCCUGUGACACACGCUCCACGCCUUGAUCUAUUAGACCUCUCUUCGAUCCUCUAUUCAUCUCUCUCUGGUUCAUCACAAAUCAACCUUCAGAGGCUCCUUUCCAUGCAGAUGAAUCCAGAGCUUCUAAAUUUGGCUUCCUCACUCAACAUGACGAGUGUUGUUGGUCAAAAUGGUCAACACAACAACAACAACAACCAGUUCUACAACCCCCAAAUCCAGAGCCAAAUUCUACAUUUUGAUCAAGACCCUGUUCAAGAUUGUAACACAUUCAGCACCAGUUGUGUUUCAUUGCCACAAUUGGACUCAUAUCCAUCAAAUUUCACCGACUUUGGCUACCAACAAAAUUCUCAGCAAAGUGAUAAUUGGGACAGUAAUGAAAUUGCUUAUGUCCCUCAAUUACCGAGCUAUGAUCAUUAUUAUGGUUCUGAUAAUCAAAAUUUCAUGUGUCCUCCAUUGUCAGAAGCUUCAACGUUUCAUUCCAAUAACAGCAAUCAGAACUUCAGCUUUGCUUCAGUUCUGUCGACGCCAUCGUCUAGUCCCACACCGUUAAAUUCAAACUCCACGUAUGUCAACGGGAGCAACACAGAGGAUGAAAGAGAAAGCUAUGAUAGUAGUCACAUGUUGAAAUUUGAAAUCCCAGACAUUUUAGAUGUCAAUGAGUUCAUGUAAUUUAUGAUCAUCUGUAAUCAACGAUUAAAUCAACCAAAACGUUGAUUAAUUUCCCCAUUGGUUUUUUUGGGAGAGCUAGAUAAGUUACAGUUCUUGGACCAUAUGGUGUUGAUAUUUGUAACAUUUCAUGCAUUUUUAAUGUCAUUGAUUGAUAGCUUAAAUUUGUUGAUUGAGCUUUGACUUUA